AGUUUAAUGCUGCCUCCCGGAGCUCCUCCCCCUGCCCCGCCGGCUCCCCCGGCCCUGAGCCGAGGUCAGGAGGAGUCCCCAGAGCGGCGAUCAAGGUCAGGGAGAGCAUUCGUCCCGCUGCUACUCCAGGGCUGCAGCUGAAGAGGUAGUACAGACCCGCCCGGCCCAUCGCCUCCGCCCCGUCACGGCGAGCGGGCGGCGGCGCCGGGUGGCCCCGCUGCAGCCCGCCUGGGAAGGGCUCCGCUGGCGACCGCGGCCCGGCUCUGGCAGCGGGCGGGGAGCGGAGCGGAGGAGGGGCGGGGGGACCGACUGCAUCGCGCGUGGAAGAAAAUCUCCUUCCAGGUGGCUGCACCGCUGCACCAGAGCCAACAGCCAGCUCCUGGGGUUCGUGCUUUGUGGACCAUUGAUUCCAUCCAGGGGCCUCCCGUGGACCUUGUAUCCAAAGGAUCUGGCUGCUAGAGUAGCUGCUUUGAAUGCGAUGAUUUCCAAGUGCCUAGAUUUAUCAUCUUAACUGGCUAACUAGCCCCUGAAAGGAUAUUCUGGUAUGAAAAAGGGGAGGAAACAAAAAAGAAACAAGAUUUUCUGCUAGUACUGGAAACCACAACAAUGUUCAGGAAUUUGGUUGCCUUGAAAAUGUAUGAGUAUUUUUCUUCUCUAUUUUAGUGGCCGGACCAGAACUGUCUCUAGAUUGACUCCCUAAGCUGUAGUACGUGUUUGGGACCAUGGCGGCAGGAGUAGCAGCUUGGUUACCCUUUGCCAGGGCAGCAGCCAUAGGAUGGAUGCCAGUGGCCACAGGUCCCAUGCCAGCUGCUCCACGGCAGGAGAGGAAGCGAAGCCAGGACUCUCUGAUUGUGCUGAAUGUGAGUGGUAUCCAGUUUCAGACAUGGCUGGACACGUUAGAGCGUUACCCUGAUACUCUGUUGGGCAGUUCGGAGAGGGAUUUCUUCUACCACCCUGAGACACAGCAGUACUUUUUUGAUCGGGACCCAGACAUUUUCCGCCACAUUCUCAACUUCUACCGUACUGGGAAGCUUCAUUAUCCCCGCCAGGAGUGCAUCUCAGCUUAUGAUGAGGAGCUGGCCUUCUUUGGCAUCAUCCCUGAAAUCAUUGGUGACUGCUGUUAUGAGGAGUACAAGGAUCGCCGGCGUGAGAAUGCCGAGCGCCUGCAGGAUGAUGCUGAUCAGGAUCAUGCAACUGAGAGCGCCCUGCCCUCAAUGACAGCUCGGCAGAGGAUGUGGCGGGCCUUUGAAAACCCACACACGAGUACACUGGCUCUGGUCUUCUACUAUGUCACUGGUUUCUUCAUUGCUGUCUCUGUUAUCGCCAAUGUGGUGGAGACAGUGCCCUGCGGGGUAAGCCCAGGUCGCAUCAAAGAGCUGCCCUGUGGAGAGCGUUACGCUGUGGCUUUCUUCUGUCUGGAUACUGCCUGUGUCAUGAUCUUCACAGUUGAGUAUCUAUUACGUCUGCUGGCGGCCCCUAGUCGCUACAAAUUCGUGCGCAGUGUCAUGAGUAUCAUUGAUGUGGUCGCCAUCAUGCCAUAUUACAUUGGCCUGGUGAUGACAGAUAAUGAGGAUGUCAGUGGGGCUUUUGUGACACUACGAGUCUUUCGUGUCUUCAGGAUCUUUAAAUUUUCCCGCCACUCACAGGGGCUGCGCAUCCUGGGCUACACCCUAAAAAGUUGUGCCUCGGAGUUAGGCUUCCUCCUCUUCUCACUCACUAUGGCCAUCAUAAUCUUUGCCACAGUCAUGUACUAUGCAGAGAAGGGUUCAUCAGCCAGCAAGUUCACCAGCAUCCCUGCAGCCUUCUGGUACACCAUUGUCACCAUGACAACACUGGGGUAUGGUGACAUGGUGCCGAAGACAAUAGCUGGCAAGAUUUUUGGUUCAAUAUGCUCCCUGAGCGGGGUCUUAGUCAUCGCUCUGCCAGUUCCGGUAAUUGUCUCCAACUUCAGCCGCAUCUACCACCAGAAUCAGCGAGCAGACAAGCGCAGGGCACAAAAGAAAGCCAGGCUCGCUCGGAUUCGUGCAGCAAAGAGUGGGAGUGCUAAUGCCUACAUGCAGAGCAAACGAAAUGGCUUACUGAGUAACCAGCUGCAGCAGUCCUCCAGUGAAGAAGAACAGGCCUUUGUUAGCAAAUCUGGCUCUUCCUUUGAAACGCAGCACCACCACCUGCUUCACUGCCUGGAAAAAACUACGAAUCACGAGUUUGUGGAUGAACAAGUCUACGAAGAGAGCUGUAUGGAGGUUUCCACGGUCAACAGACCCCCUAGCCACAGCCCCUCUCUCUCGUCUCAACAAGGUGUUACCAGCACUUGCUGCUCACGAAGGCAUAAAAAGACUUACCGCAUCCCAAACACCACUAUCACUGGCAGCCGUCCAGGCAGCGUACAAGAGCUCAGCACCAUCCAGAUUAGAUGUGUGGAGAGGACGCCUCUGUCUAACAGCCGUUCCAGCUUAAACGCCAAAGUGGAAGAGUGCGUUAAACUAAACUGUGAGCAGCCUUAUGUCACUACAGCAAUAAUUAGCAUCCCAACACCUCCAGUCACUACACCUGAAGGAGAUGAUAGGCCAGAGUCUCCUGAGUAUUCGGGAGGAAACAUUGUCAGAGUAUCUGCUUUAUAAAAUAAGGAAUUAUUUAUAAAUUAGCAUAAAGACCACUUGCAAGCUGAGCUCGAGCAGAGAGAAGCGAGUUGCGAGGAAAGAGAGAGCUGACAAAGACAACACCCCUUGACGUGUGCACCAGUGGCUGCAGAACGAGAGGUCCAGGAGAAAGAAAACACACCAUGGGUUUCGGUGUUGCAGCGUGUGAACCGGAAGGAGUUUCUUACCCCUCGUCUGAACUGACGCACGGUGGAAUCUUCUGUGACCAUCCUGACUUUACUAUAUGAGCACAAUGAAAUGUCCCCAUUGAUGCUUCUUCUUAUCAUGAGAGCUCUUUUUAGAAAAAACAAAAACAAAACACAAAACAAACAAAAAAAUAGAAACCAACCUGCGUUCCUGCUGAAUGCAAACCAACGAGAAACAUUUUGAUAACGUGUCUCCUUUUGUCUUUCUCUCUUUUUUUUUUUCCCCCUGUCAAUAAACCACAAACCCUGUUGAGGAACUGUCAACAACAAAAAAAAACCAAUGAAGGAAUAAAUGCUCAUAUGAAAUCUGUUUGUACUGACUGAAAGAACUACAACCAUAAUGCAUGCUGAAAUUAUUUGGAGCUGUGAUCUCAGUUUACUUCUGUUGUUUUUCAGAUUAGGCAUGAUAAAAUAUUACUGUAGAAAGGGGCAUUUCCGUGCACUUACAAGCAGCUGAUUGUUAAUGUUCCAUGGUAGUUGUACAAAUAACUUCCCUUUGAAAGAUGCAGUAUUUCUUACUCAGACACUCAUUAGUGAACUAAAGGUGUUCAGUUAGUUCAGUAUUUACUAUUGUUUUAUCUUGCUUCCUAGGUACUGUUACAACUGCAAUAAGUCAUUGUACACCUGUUGUAUCAGGAAUCAGGAUUUCUGGUUUUUUAAGGUAUUUUACACAACUUCAUCUACACUAUAAACUUCUACUGGCAAACGUUUAAAUGAUCUUACAGCCAAACCGUGCACCACAAAUCAGCCAUUGUUCUUUUUGCCCACUGUCCUCUAUGCCUAUGAUAGUUUCUUGCCCUCUCCAACAUUACGGUACCAUUUGGGAUUUCAAGGCUACUAACGAAUCAAUGCAGUCCUUUCUUCCUUACAUAUCUUGUCUACUCCUGUAUUUUCAGAACAAACCUCUUGUCCCAGUGUCCUUUUACAGGAUCAGUCCUAUUUGAAUUAAAAUUACCAUGAAGCUCUUUGUGGGAUCAGCUAACACUUCUCUCCAAACCUUCCUUGUUGACAUUCUACAGCAUCCAGAGUAUUAGCUACACUGGAAAACACUCGGUAAAAAUGAUGGCUAAAUUAAUUCUGUAAUUAUCUGUAAACAUGUAUCCUAAAACCUGUUUAAGAGUUUAUAUUGUGUGAAGGUAUUGAAUUACCUGAAAACACUGCCAGAAAAAUGGAUUCGGUCCAAAAGCUAUAAAAACAUAAUUUCAAUUGGAAUUUGCCUACAAGGGGCAGGCCUAAACGUUACUAUGAAGGCUUUACUAGCUAAGGCUUGUUUUGCUUUGUUUCAUUUCUAAUGUACUUUGAUGUUACCAGAAAUCUCUCUUCUAAAAGAAUGUCAUUUUUCUUCACAAGAGCGCAUUACAUGUAUCACAAUGCUUCCUAUAUACAUGACAUACCAUACAUCAUAUACAUGGAAUAUGUGCAUAUCAAUACAUACAUAUAUACAUCAAAAACACUGGAUCAGAAAUAAUUGCAUGUCUGCAAAAUAAAAUAUGCAUAUAAAUCAACAGGCUCAGUGCAUUAGAUGCCAUUACAAUAAACAAUUAACACAGUUAUUUACUAGUUUGAGUAGUGUAUGUUUCAGUACAGUGUUUGCUAGCAUUCUACUGACCUGAAAAUUUACAUUAAGAGAAAACACCCACUACAAACUGAAACUUGCUGAUGAUACACUUUUUACUGCACACAGAUCUUCUUCUGUACCUGUCAACAAAGACUGAAGAGUAGAUGAUGGACUAUCAUGCUACAGUAUAUACACCAAAGUACGAUAGUAUCACACACUAUAAUUAAACUGCAAUUUCAAACUGCAAUUAAAAGGGGUAUAUAAUGUCAUGCAUUGCUCUCUGUUUACUUAGUCAGAAGUUUGGUUAAUUUGCACUUAACUUCCCUCUUUUUCUGCAAAUCAGAAUAACUUAACUCAUUCUAAAUUGAGCUUCUAUGUUUCUUUCAAACCUUAGCAGAGAGCAGAAGCUCAGGCUGUCCUCUGACUUACAGAGUGCUCCUCCUGAGGAAUUCUGCAACAUGACGUAGCAAUCAUCUCUCUUACCCUGUUGGAAAAUUGCAGUAGAACUGCUAAAGUUGCUGAGUUAUAUAACUUUUAAUGGGGUUUAAAAAGAGAGGCAGAAUGGACCCAGAGUCUCCACCUGCAUCCUGUUUUAACAAUGCUCACUCACAAAAUGAAAAAAUGGCUCGGUCCCCACCUUUUGCUAUACAAACAUCGGUGGAAAAACUGCCUCAGUAUUAGCAGUCUGCACCUACAUCUUCUUUAUGCCUCAUUGUAUUUCUUGACUGACCUGUCAAGGAAUUAUUUCAGGUAAAUAAUGUGUAAAGGCAGUUACCAAACCCACUUUGGGAGAGAUUACACGCAGCCCAGGAAACCGACUGACUCCAUCAGGUCAUGCAUCUAUUAAAAUCUCCUUAUUUUCCUCUUCAUAUGGACUAAAAAGAAUGCACUACAGCAAUACAGUUGCGUAACAGUUACACCCCUGAAGGAAUUUGUACUUUUAUUUUCCAAAUGCAGCCGAAGGAAUAACUGAAUAUGACUUUGCAGAACCCCCAGUCCUGUCUCCCAGUCCCAUGAUGUCAUAUGCAAAACCAUUCAUUUCUUCUGAAUUUGGGAAAUACACAUUCUUUUGGUGUUUUAGGUGAUUUAAAUGCUGUUUUGGUAGUGAAUGACUGUUGAUGACUGUGUAAAAUGCAUCUGUACUGUACAUGAAAUGUAAUUAUUUCUGUGUAUCAUACAAAGAAACCAAGGUUGUUGUUUUGACAAUUUUGUUUGACAGGCAUAUAUCCUAUUUCAGAAGGCAGCAUAAUACAUGUAUUAUGCUGAAGAAAUAAAUAGACAUUUGAGGAAUAUUUAAAUAAAACAUCUGCAUGCUUG